GUGGUCUACAGCAAAAACCAUGACUUGAUGAGGACAGUCGGUUUCGUAUCAGUGUUGUCGGCAGUCAGAAACACGAAGAGGGGUGGGCUUCUCUUCGUAGCACCUCCCUGUGGGACUUGGGUGUUUAUGAGUUCAUCCUCCACUGGUCGUACAUGGCUAGACCCCACUGGCUUUCCAACGAGAUGUGUGACUAUGGCCAACUUAUUCUGCAUGCGUUUGCUGUACAUUCUUUGGUACGCUGUCCAGCGGGGAAUCCAUAAAUGCAUAGAGCAACCAAUGACAUCAGUCCUCUUUGCUUGGAAACCAAUGCGACGAUUUCUUAUGUAUGUCCGAGCCAGGAAGGUGACAUUUCCAAUGGGAGCUUAUGGAGCAUUGACGUUAAAACAAACAACGUUGUGGGGGACUCUCCCAAACUUGUGCAGCCUCUACCGUCCACUCAGCGCAAAGCUCUUUAUGGAAGCCUUGGCAAGGACUAACACUGGUGGACUUGUCCGGAAAAGCGUGGACAAGAAUGGCAAAAAACGUGUGACCGGCGUCAAGAAGAAGCUGGCUGCCAGUGCUGCUUACCCCCGCGGCUUUGGAAUUGCAAUUGGAGAUAUUAUUCCAGGACGUGGGUCUCGUCCAGAUGAUUUUGAGUUGGAUUUCACUUAUCCACAUGCAACUGAUGAUUUGGGGGCCCUUGAUGAUUUGCGCAAGGGCUCCUUUAGGGCGUGGUGGAGGAAACUUUAG